GCAACUAGGAGUCCAAAGGACGUAGCACUCCAAGAUCCCAGCGCCCCAGUUGGCAUCCGCAGAUGGUUGUGACUGCAUCUCUAAAUCUUUGGCAUGCUACCUACUGUGGGUUGGACAGUAAGACGACAAAGGUGUAGUCUUGUAGUCUUGGGGCUGCUGCUGUGGUCGAGCUUGUGCUGGCGGUGCUGUAAGUUAGAAGAAAGCAAGCUCACAAUUGAAGGGUAAAAAGUGUAAAGCAAGAGGGUUCUGGUGGCUGACAGAGUUCGCAGUACCAGUACUUGGAGAAGGGAAGGACUUGCUAAAGCUCUAUCACCACAUCACCACUGCUAGUUAGCUAGGCCACUAUAGGAUAUCAUCCUCCAUCGGCGUUCUUGUUUUGCCAUCACACAGUCGCCAUCGAGUAGCACUGCACAUACAUAAUCGCAUCCGGAAGGGGUAGUUGGAUUGCCAUUGCUUCAUUUCUCUCCUCAUUUGCAUCCAAGGCUGUAACCAACCACAAUAAUACAGUAGUAUCAUGCAUUCGUCGGCGUACAAUCAUCAUCCUUACCACUACCAUGAGCAGGCCAUGGGGGGCAGUUCUCGGCGGCAGCUCCAUCAUGAACCUCACCACCAAUACACUGUGCGAGAGGAAUCAGAGGAAGACCACCACCACCACCACAGACGUAGUAGUAGUCGACACUUGGAUGAAGAGUCAGUUGUCUCCGAGUCUCGUUUCAUGAGUGGGUCCAAUAGAGACUACGAUCAGGCUCCUUCCAUUCAUGUCGUCAAGAGUCGAGGAGAUUUCGAAGAUGAUCGCUCCGAACGGUCCUUCCAGUUGGGCGUAGAUCCCAUCGAACGAGACUGGGGCGAUGCCAGGUCUCGAGAUUACCGAGGAGCUCCCUUGAACCAUCGCUCGUCUCGUCACAGCAGCAACGAGGGCUCCAUGCAUCGCCACAGCAAUGCCACAUACAAACCACGUCGAUUGGACGAAUAUGCCGAGUGCGACGAAGCAGACUUUUGCCGUCGUAGACCGCUGCAAGAAGAAGGCGAUCCCUACUGCGAUGGUGAUCGUGGCGGCGCAGAAGGAGACACCAUGGCAACUCGGUCCUUGACCAACAGCUCGUAUUGUUCACAUCGCUCGUCCAUGUCACAACAACAACUACACAGGCAGCAACACCAUACACAGCAGCAACCGCAACAGCAGCAACCCUAUCAUCCUCCGCCGCAACACCGACACCCGCGGGCAUCCUUAACGUGCCGAUACGGGGGUUGUUCGUUGGAUCAGGGAGAACAAGCGCGACCUUCUCGUCCCGACAACGGUCACGCGCCGCCGCAGCACAGGAGAAACACGCCCUACCGAAACCUGACUUCCUCCAGUACGGGAUCUUCCAGCGGCAUCAUCUCGGACUACGACCGACGCCUGUCUUCCAAUGUCUCCUCUUCCGGGUCGUCCGUUUGCUCUCGCAGCGCCCCCGCACGACGAACACCCAUUCCCAGAGAACCAUCUCUCUAUCAAGCCAACUCAUCUUGUCACUCCUCCAAUUCACGACGAACCUUUGAAUACCGCCGUAGGUCCACGGAAGACUAUCAUCGACGAAAGGAUAGUGGACACGUCAUUCCCGCAGAACGAAUGGACCAAAUCCUCAUUCAGCAGCAGAAGCAGCAGCAACACUAUCCUCGUGGUGGACGACGAGCGUCGGAUCCGACUCAUGGUUGUCAGAAUAGCAAUACUUCCGAAGCUGUCAUGGUCGAUAUCGCUCCUGGUGUGCAAGCGCCGCUUCGGGGAACACAAGAAACAUACAAAGCAGUCUCAAAGGACUACUACGCCAAUGUCUCUUGCUUCGGAUGUAGCAUGGAACUCUGCUGCAUCGCAGACGUGUCAUACGUGGUGUGCCCAGAGUGCAAGGUCAUCAGUCCUUUGGAGGGAAUCCUCUUUGAAGGAAAGGAAACACAGCGACAUGGACUGGGGCUUGGGUUCUCCUACGAGUCUCUAUUCCAGAUGCAAGUAGAGAUCAUGAAGGAGCGCAAGUCUCCUCGAUGAGCUGAGCUUGCCCUGUACCGGUACCUGGUUGUGCCUGGUUGAAGCAUCCAUUCCUUGUAGCUUCACGUAGUAACUAAAAACUACCAACUGUUACUACAAUACAGCAAGUUUCUAGCUAACAUUUGUCAUCGAUACCUAAAUGCUUGUUGAGAAGCGUAGCGGAUGCAUAUAAUUACCGCAUCUCUCAAGCAGGUAUCUGAAAUAGAGUCGUACCCUUCGAAUUAAUAAUGAUGGGUUUAGCUCUGAUUGUCACUCGACUGUUCCAACUGAUCUUGAUCAUCCCAAAGAACAGGAGUUAUCACAUCAGACUCUCGGGCAUACCAAAAGUCACCGGUGUCUAGACAUUGAAGCUGAAGCGAACGUUCGUGAGGACUCGUGAAGGCAAAGACAGACUCCCCAACAACCUGUGCGCGUCGUCGCUCAUAAAGCUCCUCAGCACGAACGCAUGGAUUCCGAAACAUCGCAUCCUGUACUAACCACACCAUGCUGCCAAUCUCUGGUCUGGCAGGACGAACAUAUUUUGGCUUCGUGGGAGCCUUCAUGUACCUGCUGACUUUCGGUUUUGGUCGAGGUCGAGGUCUCACUGCGUCAGGGUCAUUGACGUGGGGCUUCUUUGCUCGUCGCGCUUUGGACGAAUGGUUCUCAGCGGGGUUUUGAUUGCCAUUGCACGAAGCACUAUCGAUCCGGUUUCCGGACUCAUCCCGCUUUCUGGCCAUGGGCUUGGCAACUGGUUGCGCACUACUCCUAGGCUGCUGUGGAUUGCGUUUCGACUGGGCUUGCUUCUUGUUCGCCUCGUCGUUCUCGGAUUUAAGCCGUGCUCCUACGGGCCUUCCAACACUUGGCGAUGAACCAGACUUUUGAGCGUUGACCUCGCAGACUUCUUCAAGCUUGGCAAAGCCUUGCAGCGUUUUGGGUUGGGUCCGUCGCCGUGUGGAUCGACGAGUACCUGUUGUCGAAGCUGAGGCGUCGCUAUCGACCGCCAGAUCAUACCGAAUACUGCGUCUUGAUACUUCUUCUCGCUCCUGGCUGUCGCUCCAUUGCACAAACACAAAACCAGCGUUUAAACUAAGCUCGUUUGCAUGCUCGUCCAGAACAAUGCGCGCCGGAAAUGAUCUAAACAAACUAUCAAUGAGAACGACGGAACAAUCGGAAAACGUAAAAGCUUGCUUCUGCACUUACCCGAUACCUCGUUCCACCUGAACACAACCACCCAGGUCUUUGGAUUUCAUCGGGAACUUCUUGUGCUUCCUUUUCUUAGGAGACAUGCAUCCUUCAGGGUCUUGCUUGAUAGUGGUCUUCGCUUCGAGUUUCAUCACACUACUAGUAUUUGUUUUAUCCCCAAUGGAGUGAUCGUCAACGGUCCUCUCUUCAAUCUUGAUGUCACUCUUCUUGUUGGAUGCGCCAUUUGUGAAUUUUUGUGAGCUGCUUGUAUUGUCUUCC